AUGGCACAACCUAGGAAGAAAUUGAAAUUAAACAAUGAACAAGGUGAGAAUAUAUUUGCCCAGGGUGAAAGUAACAUGAGUGUUCAUAACAUUUCUAUGAAUGCAAUAUUGUGUUCUUCCCUCAACCUUGAUAACAUAUACAAGCACUUUGCCAAUUGUAUAUACAAUCCUCGAGAGUUCAAGUGCAUGCGUAUUGACGUCCCUGUUAGUACACGCACUAUAAAUAAAUAUGUAAAUUACAUUAGGGAGAAAACAGGUGGGAGAAAAAUUAAGAUGCAAGUUGUUGAAUGUGGUGAUGAUGAUCAUAUGCCUUCGCAAGGGGAGGCUACCCCCACCACAGCAGCAACAGCAGAAGCAACAGCAGAAGCAAAAGCAGAAGCAAAAGCAGAAGCAACAGCAGAAGCAAAAGCAGAAGCAACCACAACAACUACUACACCCAGUAGUGAUCCGACGCGAGAUACAUCACAAGUGGAAGUCACAAAUCUCACAAGAAUCAGCACUGGCAGAGAAGAAAAUAACAAAUCAACGACAUCUGUUGGUGUAUCAUCUGAUGGUAUAGUCAAAACAGAUAAUUGCUCACCCUCUGGUUAUUUCACCACUAAGAUAUGUAACAACAUUCCUAUUUCACAAAGUAUAACUGAAGAUAAUAACCAUAUGAAUGAAAAAAUUAUUAUAAACGUGUCUAUAUUUUCGAACGGGAAAAUAAUAUGCACAGGAAAUAAUUCCAUCGAAGCAUGCAAAAUAGCUAUGAAAAAAAUAGAAAAAAAAUUAAAGCAAUUAAAUUUCAAAAAUAUAAAACUAAAAAAUAUAACAAUAACAAAUAUUCUUGCAGUGUACAAUGUGGGAUUCUCUAUUGUGCUACCCCUCUUUGCCCAGUAUUAUAAAAGUGUAGACUACGAUCCAAAUGUUUUCCCCGCUUGCAAAGUGAAAAUUGCCCUGACGAAUGAAAAUGAAAAGGACACGUCCGAGAUGAGCGAUCAAAAUGAAGGUAACUACGCAUGGAACACUACCAAAAGCAAUGCAGAAAAAAUCCGAAACAAAGUAGAUGUCGUCUCGGCUAGUAUUUUCUCAACAGGAAACAUAACCUUAACAGGUGGAAAAAGUUAUGAAAAUCUUCAAAAGUGUAUCGAUAUAUUAUAUCCAUACUUGAUUAAAAGUAAGUCUCAACACUGA